AUGCCGAUCGUUCACCUGGUGGAGCACGUCCUUCUUUUCAAGGCCCGGCACUGGGCUUCGGCCGAGAAGCGAGCCGAGAUGGUGGAACAACUUAACAAGCUGCGGGCCAUCAACGGCGUCCUCCACCUCAAGGCCGGACCGGUGCUGUCUAUAUGGCCGGCGCACAAAAUUCUCAGCGGUGGCUACACGCACGUCCUCCACUCGCGGCACCAGAACAAGGCGGCGCUGGCCGCGCUUUCGCUCCACCCAGCGCAGAUUUACUGCAUGGACAAGUUCGUGAAUCCCAUCUGCGAGUCCGUCUUGGCGCUGGACUGGGAGUCGAGCGUCGAGAAGCACGUCGACCAGUUCUUCGAGGCAAAGAGGAUCGUGCUGUGCCGGCUCAAGGACGGGGUGUGCGGCGAUGGCAGGGAGCAGCUCGUCUCGGAGAUCGCCGAGGCGAGCAGGACCUCGAGCUUCGAUGGUGGCGGCCCCAAUUUCUCGCCGGUUCGAGCGAGGGGGUUUGAUUUCGGCUACCUGGCGUUCUUCCGCUGGAUCGACGAGGCGGAGCUGAUUGACAACAGCCCGGAAGUGGUGCUGGCGAAGCUCAAGGAGGGGCCGUUCGUGGAGGAUUUCAUUCUCGUGGAUUACUGGAACGAGACGGGCAUGCAGGCCGAGAACUCGCCACUCGCAGAGCCCGGCCACGAAUACGAUGGGCGACUCUUCUGGUUGCGCUGCGCCAAGAAGAAUCCGAAAGACAAGCCAAAGUUUCUGGACAGGCGCUCAAGACGUUACGUGCAAACCACACUGGUGGGCAUGCAGGAUAGUGUCGUCAAACGCUAUGCUACCGGGAUGCGAGAGUGGGCAACUGAACUGUAG